AUGGAAAAGUUUAUCACAAUCAAUCGGAGUCAAUUAGAGCCUAGUCCUAGUACUAGUGUAGUGGUACUACCAGAGAAGAACGAGGUAAGAGAAAGAGAUGCUAAUAUUGAAGAUGAAGCUAGGGAUGAGAAUGGGGAAAGAGCGGACAAUUUGGUAGAGGAUACAGAUGUUGAAGAAGAAAUUGAUAAUAGAAAAAGGAAAAGACCAAAGGUUUCAAAAGUGUGGAACUUUUUCAAGAAAUCUGGUGAUAAGAAAUUUGCCAAGUGCUUGAAUUGCGGCAAGGAGUAUAAGACGAGCAGUAAUACAAGCAAUCUUAGUGACCAUCUCAAAAGAUACCACCCCAGGCUUUUGGGAAAGCCUCAUGAUUAUGACAGAACUGAAGUGAUACUGAUAAAGAAAGUCUUACUGCCUCAAGUUCUGCAAGGUCCAGUAAUCGAGAUUUUUAAAAAUGAACAAAAUACCAAGAGUCCAUUAAAACUUCUGCAAGAGGUUCCAACCAGGUGGAACAGUGCAUAUAAAAUUAUAGAGAGGAUUUUGAAAACCAGCGAUUUUGUUAACAAGUCCUUGUUGAAAAUAAAAAAAGCUCCAGUGCCUUUGAGCAUUGAUGAAUUAACUGUUCUUGGUGAAAUUAGGAAACUUUUGAAACCAUUUGAUGAAGCAACUUCAAAGGUGUCAGGAGCUUAUGUUACCAUAUCCAUGAUAAUUCCUUUAACAUUUGGAAUAUACAAUUCUCUAAUAGACUUAAAAACUUACAUUGGAAGUGAAGAAGGAACAAUCAUGUGUGAGAAACUUAUUAACUCUGUUCAAUCCAGACUAUUCCUGUAUGAAAAGAGGACUGUGACCCAAAUGGGUACAUUGCUUGAUCCAGCAUUCAAACAAGAGGGCUUCCGAAUCAUAGAUAACGCAAAAGCAGCUGGACAAUUUUUGGAGAAUGAGAUGCUCGUAAUGCUGAAUAAAGAUGUUAAAGAGCCAGACAGUAAGGGAAGCAUAAGCAAUGAUAAAGAUGAUUUAGAUUCAUCAGACAGAGGCUAG